UAUGGUGCCGAUCAGAGAAUGCAAGUUAUACAAUGACAGUGGUGUUCUCAACACAAGUUUCGACUUGGUAACCAUAGCAACCUGAGUGACUGCUAAAGCAACGAGCGAUGUCAUUCAAAAGAUUAAAACGGCGUUUAUCGUGGACAUUACGUCGUAAGAGUCAAACAGUUGAUGAUAGCUUAUCGGAACUGGCUGAGCAUAUGACAAUUGAAGAGAAUGGACAGAUGAAAGAAAAUGGUAUUGUACAUGAGAAUCCACGAAUUGGCUCUGACGGUGAGAGUGAGGAAACAUCGGGAGCCUCUGAUGACAGAGACGAGACUAUAUCUCCAGUCAAGCUGCGUGUGCGGAGUAGACGUUUCAGCGAGGACAUCAACAAACGUCUAUCACUACCUGCCGACAUGAGGAUUCCCGAUCAUUUUGUGAAAAAACAACAAUUAAGUCCCACAAUGAAUGAACCACUAAGCAGGCGGUCCCGGAGAGCAUCACUGUCUGAGUUGGGGUUCGGAAAAAUUGAGUCAUAUACAAAACUAGACAAGCUCGGAGAGGGUACAUACGCAACCGUGUUUAAAGGGAAAAGUUUACUUACUGACAACUUGGUUGCUUUGAAAGAAAUAAGGUUAGAACAUGAAGAGGGUGCACCUUGUACAGCCAUCAGAGAAGUUUCGCUAUUACGUGACCUGAAACACAACAAUAUAGUGACCCUCCAUGAUAUAAUACAUACAGAAAAAUCACUCACACUAGUCUUUGAAUAUUUGGAAAAAGAUCUCAAGCAGUAUAUGGAUGACUGUGGUAACAUAAUGAACAUGACAAAUGUAAAGAUAUUUUUAUUUCAAUUGUUACGAGGUUUACAUUAUUGCCAUGCAAGGCGUGUGCUGCACAGGGACCUUAAGCCUCAAAAUCUGCUAAUAAAUGAACAAGGAGAACUCAAACUGGCAGACUUUGGUCUCGCUCGUGCAAAGUCCAUCCCAACCAAGACGUACUCUAAUGAAGUCGUUACUCUGUGGUACAGACCCCCUGAUGUACUUUUAGGCUCCACGGAAUACUCCACUCCGAUAGAUAUGUGGGGAGUUGGUUGCAUAUUCUAUGAGAUGGCAUGUGGAAGGCCACUUUUCCCUGGUUCUACAGUUACUGAUGAGCUCCACCUCAUCUUCAAAGUUUUAGGGACCCCUGACGAGCAUACAUAUCCAGGCAUUACACAAAAUGAUGAGUUUGUAUCGUACAAUUUUCCAUACUAUGAGGCAGAACCUCUUUUGAACCAUGCACCCAGGGUAGAUUCAGAUGGUUUAGAUCUCUUAAGUAAACUAUUAAAAUUCAAUCCCAAGCGCAGGAUAUCUGCAGCUGAGGCCAUGAAACACCCUUACUUCACCUCCCUAGGCCCUGGGGUACACAGACUGCCAGAUAUUGGUUCUAUAUUCAGCAGGCCAGGAAUAGUGCUUCAAAAGGACCCUGGGAUGAGAACCUCCUCUCUAGCAAGCUCAGGAAAAAUCCGCCGACAAAGUAUGUUAUUUUGAAGUUUGCGAUUGAAUUAAUGUGACCAUACAAAGUGGAUCCCGAAAUCCUCGCCAUUUGUCACUUUUGGUGCUCACUACAUUACGUGUCACAUGUGCAACAAGAAUGCUAUUAAAUGAUGCGGUAAUAAACAUAUGGCCAUAUAUCCAGUUCUACGACCUUGACCUUAUGAGGCAUGACAGCUGUAAGAAUGUUGCGAGACAUAGUGGAUAUAAUUCGUAUAUACCUCUACAGAGCUCUAUCACAAUAUUCAAAAAUAAAAGCAUUUAAUGUGUUAAGCCUGCCUCUUUAGACGAUAAGGCGACAUGUUAAUAUGUUUAAACGCAUUAACGGUGGAGAACUGAAAAUAAUCGCAUAUGGAUAUAAAACAUAGGAUCCAGACCCGAGAAACACAGAUAGAUAAUCUGCUGGGAUAUAAUGUAAUAAUGAGAGAGAUGGAGAAAAAAUAAAGCUCAAAAAUGGAUGGACAACUUCUACAACAUAGUACUAGUUUAUAAUGAUAUGACUAAUGUUUAAAAAGGUGCAAUUUGUGAUCAUGUGUUUGUAAUAGCACGCUUAAAGCAAUAUGUCAGUGUGGUAUUGCUGAUGCCAUGUAUGGGGACAAGUGAUGUAUUGCUGAUGCCUUGUAUGUAGGACCAGU